UCUCUGAUUAAAUGCACAUAUUCCUGUUGGACGUGUAUUUUGCUCCUUUUCUUUAUCUUUCACCAUUUUACUUGGACAAACGGGACAAACACACUUCUUCAAGACAGAAAUCUUGAGUAUUAAAGUGUCUAACUAUAAUAUUUAAAGUCGGUUAAGUAGGCUAAACUUAUGUUCACUUUGUCUGGAGUAUCAUUUUGAAUGAGUUAUCAGAUUCAUCAGGUCCAUUCAGAGUCUGUGGAGGUGAUCAGAUCCAUCAGAUCAGAUUGAUAAUGUGACUGAAUGAUUCAUGGAUGAUUCACAAACAUUCAGAGAUGGAGAUGAUUCUCCAGGAGUCAGAUCAGAUCAGAAGAGAUCAGACUCACCUGAGAGCAGCUGUGUGUCUAUAAGGAGUGAUGAGUCUAUGAAUAGACCAAUAGUAUUUAAGGGUGGAGACAAAUCACCUGACAAUCAGAGAUCAGUCCAUCAGAAAAGAUCAGAUUCACCUGAGAUCAGCUGUGUCUCCAUGAGGAGUGAUGAGUCUAUGAAUAGACCAAUAGUAUUUAAAGAUGGAGACAAAUCACCUGACAAUCAGAGAUCAGUCCAUCAACAGAGAUCAGACUCGCCUAAGAUCAGCUGUGUCUCUGUGAGGAGUGAUGAGUCUAUGAAUAGACCAAUAGUAUUUAAGGAUGAAGAUCCAUUGCCUGAUGAGAGGUCAUUAAUUUUGUCUGGAUCAGACUCAACAGAUCAGAUCAGAGUGUCUGUGAGUGAUCAGACUAUAAAUGUUCAACAGUCCAAUGAAAGAGACUCUCAUAGUUUCAGAUCAAAUCUGAGGAAGAAGUUUGAGUGUUUGUAUGAGGUAACAUCAAAUAAGAGAAACCCAACAUUACUGAAUGAGAUCUACACAGAGCUCUACAUCACAGAGAGUGAAAGUGGAGAGACAGAGGAGACACCAAUCAAAUGUAAUGACAUCUUUAAAGCUUUACCUGAACAACACAAACACAUCAGAAGUGUGCUGACAAAGGGAGUCGCUGGCAUUGGAAAAACAGUGUCUGUACAGAAGUUCAUUCUGGACUGGGCUGAAGAGAAAGAGAAUCAGGACGUCCACCUCAUAUUUCCACUUCCUUUCAGAGAGAUCAAUUUGAUGAAGAACAAAAAACUCAGUCUUUUAGAUCUUCUUCGUCUUUUCUUCCCAGAGACAAAAGAAAUGGAAAUCUUCAGUGAAGAAUAUAAAGUGUUGUUCAUCUUUGAUGGUUUGGAUGAGUGUCGUCUGUCUCUGGAUUUUCACAGCAGUGUGAGGUUGUGUGAUGUAAAUGAAUCAACCUCAGUGGACGUGAUGCUGAUAAACCUCAUCAAGGGGAAUCUGUUUCCUUCUGCUCUCAUCUGGAUCACCUCCAGACCAGCAGCAGCUGAUCUCAUCCCCUCUGAGUGUGUUGAUCGAGUCACAGAGGUACGAGGCUUCAGUGAUCCACAGAAGGAGGAAUACUUCAGGAAGAGAAUCAGUGAUGAGAGUCUGUCUGAUCAAAUCAUCUCACACCUGAAGUCAUCCAGGAGUCUCUACAUCAUGUGUCAAAUCCCAGUCUUCUGCUGGAUUUCAGUCACUGUUCUAGAGAGAAUAUUGAGUGAAACAGAGAGAAGAGAGAUCCCCAAGACUCUCACUCAAAUGUACACACACUUCCUGAUCAUUCAGACAAACAUCAAACAUCAGAAGGACUAUGAGAAGAAAGUAAAGGAUGAAGACAUGAUCUUUAAACUGGGUAAACUGGCUUUUGAGCAGCUUGUGAAAGGCAAUCUGAUCUUCUAUGAUGAAGACUUGAGAGAUUGUGGCAUUGAUGUAGCAGAAGCAUCAGUGUAUUCAGGAUUGUGUACUCAGAUCUUCAGAGAGGAGUUUGGUUUGUAUCAGGGGAAAGUUUACUGCUUUGUUCAUCUCAGCAUCCAGGAACAUCUAGCAGCUCUUUAUGCUCACAUCUCCAUCACAAACAACAACAUUAAUGUGUUUGAUCAAAGUACUGAACCUGGUAUACUUUUUAGUGUUUUGGACAUGGUAGAACACAAAUCAGCAAAACAGGUUUCAUUAUCUGAGAUACAUCAGCGAUUGGUAGAUGAAGCAUUACAGAGUAAGAAUGGACAUCUGGAUCUUUUCUUGCGUUUUCUAUUGGGUCUUUCACUGGAGUCCAAUCAGAUUCUCUUACAGGAUCUACUAACACAGAUGAAAAGAUGCUCCUACAAGAAAAGAAAAAUUGUUAAAUACAUUAAAAAGAAAACCAAGAAGAAGAAUAUGUCUAUAGACAAAUCCAUCAAUCUGCUUUACUGUCUGAAUGAACUGGGUGAUGAUUCACUGCUGCAGGAGAUUCGACGUUUGGUAAAAUCUGCAUCAGUAGGAAAGACCAAACUUUCCUCUUCACAGUGGUCAGCUUUAGUUUUUGUGUUGUUGACGUCUGAACAGCAUUUGGAUGAACUUAAUCUAAAUACAUUUAUUGGAGGUCAAAAUACAGCAGAUGAAGUUCUUGUGAGACUGCAGCCUGUGAUUAAAGAAAGUAAAAAAGUUCAGUUAAAUUGGUGUUCCAUUACAGAUGAAGGUUGUGUUGCUCUAACUUCGGCUCUGAGAUCAAACCCAUCACACCUGACACAUCUGAAUCUGUCAUUUAAUAAUCUAAGAGAUUUAGGAGUAAAGCUGAUCUCUGAUGUACUGAAGAAUCCUGACUGUAAACUGAAGAUACUGAAGUUGUGUAGUUGUAAUAUCACAGCUGAAGGUUGUGUUGCUCUGACUUCAGCUCUGAGAUCAAACCCAUCACACCUGACACAUCUGAGUAUGUCUAAUAAUAAUCUAAGAGAUUUAGGAGUGAAGCAGAUCUCUGAUGUACUGGAGAAUCCUGACUGUAAACUACAGAAACUGGAUUUGAGUUGGUGUAAUAUCACAGAUGAAGGUUGUGUUGCUCUGACUUCAGCUCUGAGAUCAAACCCAUCACACCUGACAGAUCUGAAUCUGUCUUAUAAUACUAAUCUAAGUGAUUCAGGAGUGAAGCUGAUCUCUGAUGGACUGAAGAAUCCUGACUGUAAACUGAAGAUACUACAGUUGAGUGGUUGUAAUAUCACAGAUGAAGGUUGUGUUGCUCUGUCUUCAGCUCUGAGAUCAAACCCAUCACACCUGAGAGAUCUGAAUCUGUCUGAUAAUAAACUAAGAGAUUCAGGAGUGAAGCUGAUCUCUGAUGUACUGAAGAAUACUGACUGUAAACUGGAGAUACUGAAGUUAAGUGGUUGCAAUAUCACAGAUGAAGGUUGUGUUGCUCUGACUUCAGCUCUGAGAUCAAACCCAUCACACCUGACACAUCUGAAUCUGUCUCAUAAUAAAAUAAGAGAUUUAGGAGUGAAGCUGAUCUCUGAUGUACAGAAGAAUCCUGACUGUAAACUGAAGAUCCUGAAGUUGAGGUAUUGUAAUGUCACAGAUGAAGGUUGUGUUGCUCUGACUUCAGCUCUGAAAUCAAACCCAUCACACCUGAGAGAUCUGAAUCUGUCUGAUAAUAAACUAGGAGAUUCAGGAGUGAAGCUGAUCUCUGAUGUACUGAAGAAUCCUGACUGUAAACUGGAGAUACUGAACUUGAGUAAUAAUAAUAUCACAGAUGAAGGUCAUGCUGUAACAGACUAA